AUGGGGAGAAUUAAGAAGGUAGCCAGCCAAAAGCAUGAGGCUACAAUCUCACCUUUUUUGCAAGAAUUCAUAGGACGUGCUACGAGUCUUUCUAUUCCCGAGCUCCCGUCCCUCUUCAACACAUUCCCGAGGUUAUGGCCGUUCCCCCGCGGUGAUCUCUAUCACUGGAUCAAUGUCCUGGACCGGUUCGACGAGAUUCUGGCCUCGGCGGUCGAGAAAUAUUUCCUGAACACUGGUCCUCAGACCCAGUCGUUCACUCGAAGCGUUCUGGAGGAAUCAUAUUCGGCCGAUGAGAGCAAAAAGCCAGCGGAGGGCGUUGAUGCCAAGUUGAAUGCUCUGGGAUACGGCCCCGAUGGAGACCGGGAGCUUCUGGAAGCAAUCUUGGAAUUCUCGCGUCUUUUGCUCGAGAAAUGUGGUAACCGCAGUCUCUAUAGCAGCAGCGAUCGCCUGGGUGACCUGUUGAACACUACAUCAUUGUCUCUUCUCCAGUCUACAUUGCGCCUGUCUCUCUGCCUGGCCCAAAGAUAUCACUCCCGUCAGCGUGGGGCUCACCAGCAGUCAGUAUUGCAAUCUCACUAUGCUCUUGACCUUGAAAAGUUGCAGAAGAUUGCCGCACCUUUCCCACGUCCAACCCUCGCUGGUAAAGCACAGCCCACCGCCUCUCCCGCCAUUUCAGCUAAGGGCAAGGAGAAGGCUGUUCAAACUAAGAUCAAUGCCAAUGAAUUGGUUUCUCUUGUGCGUGACAGUGAAGGCUGGGAGGAAUGGGGUGAUGUUCGAGUUCUCUAUUAUCCUUCUGGAUCCUUUGAACAAACGAGAACGACAUCCGAAUAUGGUCAGACGGAACAUGGCUCACACGUUCCAACUACACCCACUCCGCUGCGACGAAGCGCAACACAUCCCGCUUCUCAAUUGAGCCGCACUGAUGAUUCACCAGCUGCCCCAGCCACAGGUGGGAAGGCAGAUGAGGCAACUCGUGGGGGCAAGGUCUUAGAACUCUCCUACUCAAAGGUCUCUUCUGCGAAGUUGGAGGAUAUUCUUGCAGCUAACCUCCCUCAUCUUCCCCUUGAGUCAAAAUAUGAGCUACUUCACAAACUUCGAGUUGCUCAGGCACUGACAGGCUCCCGUGCCACUCGUGAACAGAUUCUGUCCAUCAAGGCCCUGGCAGUGACUAACCUGGCCCAUGUUCUGCCGGAGAGCUCUUUCCAACAAAAAGUUCUUCAAUACGACAUGGAGCAACCGAAACGCCUUCAGCUUGCUUACCAGCUGGCCGAACUGGUUCAUCUCGGUGCCAGUGGUGACCUCGAGGUCUCGCGACUUGUCCAGACUUUAGCAAUCCAGGCACUGGACUCAUUGGCGAAGCACAAGUCUCGCGCCGUCGACGUUUGUGCAGCUUUGAGUGUCAAUGUCAACCACGGAGUCCUCAUGUUCUUGACCCGGAAAAUGGUCAACGAACUCACCGAAGAAGGGGAGGAUACGGAUGCUGCAUACUAUGAUGAGUGGCGUGAUGCUUUGCUUGCACUCCUGCGCACCCUUCCAAGCUCAAGCACACGUACACCAGACACUCUGGUUGCAGCUGGUCUGAUCCCUAUGUUUGUUGACAUUCUGAAUCUGCGCAAUGAGAAAUCGCGCCGUGUGUAUUCCCGCAUCAUGGAGUUCCUUGAUACCUUUGUGCAUGCGGUCCGGGAUGCCCUGGGAACAUUGACAACCGCCAAAGGCUUUGACGCAAUGUCUGACCUGAUUGACUAUGAAACCAAAACCGCUUUCGAAAAGGUCAACCGUGGGGAGGGUUUCCCUGCUCAAUACAAGAACCCAUCCGUUGAUUAUCAAAUUCCGUACUUCCAACAGCAGACCCUUCGCUGGAUGUUCCGUUUCGUCAACCACAUCAUGCAGCACAAUGGUGGCGGCUUCGAUCGUGUGUUACGCAACUUGAUUGACUCCCCCCAAUUGCUGACUUCUCUCCGCCUUGUGUUCGAGAAUGCUCGUGUGUUCGGUUCGCAUGUAUGGAGUACCGCUGUCAACAUUCUCAGCAGCUUCAUUCACAAUGAGCCUACUAGCUAUGCCGUCAUCGCCGAGGCUGGUCUCAGCAAGAGCCUUCUCGCUGCUGUUAUGGGCCGUGAACUCCAGGUCGUCGAGAAGCCUCCCGCCGUGGAUUCCGAGGGUCACGCAGCAGAAGGCGAAUCUGCUUCUCAGCCGCCUACCGCUGAAGCUGCUACCCAGCCAAAGGGUACUCCUCUUGCCCCUGGCAUCAUGUCCGCAGCCGAUGCUCUUGCCUGUAUCCCUUCUGCAUUUGGAGCUAUCUGCCUGAACUCCUCUGGUCUUGACCUUUUCCAGUCUUCCGAUGCCCUUGAAAGCUUCUUCGAGAUCUUUGAAAACCCCGAUCAUGUCAAAUGCUUGAAGGACGACCCUGAACUUGUCCGUUCACUAGGCACGACUUUCGAUGAGCUUGUUCGACACCACCCAGCAUUGAAGACCUCUAUCAUGUCUGCAGUUCUUGUCAUGGCUGCCCGUGUUAAUGUUCUCGGUCGUACCAAGGCCUGGGAGCAGGGAAUGGGAACUAAGCUGUGGACUGAGGAUGCUGACGGCAACAAGAGCCUUUCCGGAGAUAUCUCUUCGUUGUUCCGGGAAAUCGGCACACCCGCUGAUGCGUCAGUCGAUGACCCUGCGACCUUAGGUGCUCCUCAGCUUAAUUCCCACGAUCUCCCCAAUGGCGCGAAGCUGGUCGUUGGUGAUCUGAGCCAUGUUCUUCCUUCGCCAGGUCCCGAUUUCGAACCUAAAGACAAGGAUGAACAUGGACUUACUGCUACCGAUUACUUGUUCCCGGCUAUGCGUUUCCUGGGCGCUUUCUUCGAAAACCAGGUUAAUUGUACUGCGUUUAUUCAGGCUGGCGGCGCAGAGUUCCUUCUGGAUCUCGCAACUCUCCAAAGCUUGGCAUUUGAUUUCCACAAUACCAAUGCUAACCAGGAGAUCACCGUGCUUGUUCAUAUGCUUGCGGAGACAAAGCCUCACCUUGUGCUUCCGUCUCUCCUUCGCCGCGCCCAGUCCGCAGUGGAGAAUCUUUCGGCCUUCUGGACUGCACCCAGCGGAUCGGGAUUCUUUACGUCGUUGAUUAAGCCAGCAGACUCAAAGGACCCAGCCCUGGAACCUACCGCCGCCGCUCAGUCUGGAACAUUCUUUGUCAGACACUUGAAUGCAGUUCUUCUCCUAACCGAUGUCCUUCGUGAGACUUUCGCGUUGCCCUUGUACCAAACCCGACCUGGCCAAUCCACUUCCAUCUUCGGCCAAGUCAAUCUCGCGGAUCAAUAUUGCAUUCUCAUCAAUUCGCUGAGCAACCUUCUUGCUUCUUGCGUGUGGGAAGGCAUCUUGCUGGAGAAGAACAUCCCCGAGAAGUGGCUCAAGGCUACGCAGGAAACUGCUGAUAAGUCCGCCUCUGGAAAGUCCAAGACUACUCCUCAGGAGCCUCCAGCAACCCCUGUCGCUGAUUCUCGACCCCAAAGCUCCGGUGCCCCAGAAGCUGGACAGGCUCAACCAGGCCAGGAACUAAACGAAGACGACACUCCCCUGGACGAAGAAAACGUCAACUUCAAGAAUGCUCGCACACUUCGCUACCUUCUCAGUGCAUUGCCAACCUCGAUUACAGGAUUCUUGCAUAACCUCGGACUUGGCCUUAUUGGCAAGCGACGCAUGGACCCUCUUCAGAAGCAGAGACAGAAUGGUAGUUUGGUUGCAGAGGCCAUCGCUGAGGGUGUUCUUCGCCAAUUAGAGUUUGAGCCUGCGAACUCUAGUGAUAGCCAUAAGCACCGGUUUGCCUAUCUGAUUGUCGUCCUUUCCCACUUCUCCCACCUUCUCUAUGAAAUUCCCACGGAGCGUCCUAGUUCGAACUACUUGACAUCAGUCCUCAUUGCGUUCAAGAAGAACAACGGCCUCAAAGUGCUGAAAGACAUUUGUGACGUGUUCUUGAACGAUAUCAAGUCCCUUCCCUCUGCGGAGUCCAUUCCCGACGAGGACAAAGAGCUUGCUAACCGGCUUGCAUCGGGUUAUGGUGGAAUCAAAAUUAUCCUUGGGCUCUUCGCGGACCUGGCUACUGGAAAAUACAUUGUGGACUCUAGCCAGACACAAGCCUUGACCAGUCACCCCGAGCGUGACCGUGAUCGCCCCGAAUACUUCCAGCCAGGUCAAUUUCUGGUUGAGCUUCGUAUGGAAAUUCUGCCCAUGGCCCAGGACAUGUGGAACUCGGACUUUGCUACUCAGUCGUCGAGCCCCAUCGUCAGAUUGUUGAUCGAUAUCCUGCGGGCAUCUCUGGAUGGCGAAUACGAAGUGAACGUUAUGAAAAGGUCAGAUGCGCGGCCUCUUUUGGCAGAGACACCCAAGAAGCCGUUCGUGGUUCACAAAGACCGAGCAGCCGCCCUGGUUGACAAAGGAUUCAAGGAUGUUGAUCUCAACAAAGAAGCCCUCUAUCGUUGCAACAACAUCUUGAAUGCAGCCGAAGAAUAUUGCAGGGCGCAAAGUUGGCUACGAAACCCUCCCAGAGUUCAUCCAAACCCCAACGAUAUUCAAACCGGAUCGCCUGAGGUCGCUUCUGGUGUGGACCCCCUGGAGGAUCCUGGCUUUGGAGAAGUGCCCCAGUCUUUCACCGCUGGCGGCGACCUGUCACGCUCUGCUCUGACCAUGCUUCUGGCUCAAGCGACUGGCGGACCAAUGACCGAUUCGAUGCGCCGGAUUGAUUCCUUGGUGGCUGGAAGAGAUGCGGAUGCUGAAACGCCUGGCCGGCCAGCUGGAAACCUGGGCAGAAUUCUCGACGGCGAUGAUAUGGACGACAGUGAUGAACCAGCCGGAUCAUCGCACCAGAGUGGACCCGAGAGUCGCGCUGCCGGAGGAAGCUCCUUUGAAGGGCAACCAGUCCAAACCCGCCAGGUGGUCACCAUCGAAGACCUUGAAGCUGAGAGAGAAAAGAUUAGGUCCAAUCUGAUUGAGCGGGCCCUGGACAUUCUGAACGAACAUCAUGACGUCUCCUUCGAAUUGUCUGAUCUGAUCUCGUCAGCCAUUAGGAAGCACCCAGAGCCUGAGAGUUUCCGCCGAGAUAUUGGAGAGACCCUUGUGCAAUCGCUGGUUUCCCUGCAGAUGGAGAACUUCCAGACAGCUGGAAAAAAGAUUGCUGCUUAUGCUCACAUCCUCGCACUGACACUUCAAGAUCGUGAGAUGUACACUGCAACCCUCGAAGAGCUAAAGGAUUGCUUCUCGACUUUCCUCGGGUUUAUCAAACUCCCAACGCCUGAGAAGGCUGAACAGGAAUCAUUCCCUUGGGUUGGACAUGUUCUCCUUAUCCUCGAAAAGUUACUGUCUGAUGACUGCCAGCCACCCCAGAUUUCGUGGACCCAACCAGCCAGUGUGGAUGAUACCGUUGGUAACGAUGAGCCCGCCCGACUUGAAGAGCCCCUUGUGUCAGCCGACGAGAAGACCCAGCUCUUUGAAGCUCUUGUCGAGAUCCUACCCCGAGUGGGCAAGGAUGACACACUGGCGCUGUCUAUUUGCCGUGUUCUUGUCAUUCUCACUCGCCAGCGUAGCAUCGCUGCCCGCUUUGGCGAGAAGCGUAAUCUCCAGCGCCUAUUUGUGAUGGUCAAACAGCUUUCAAGUGCUACAAAUGACAAGCUGCAAAGCGCGUUCAUGCUGAUUCUCCGCCACAUUGUUGAAGACGAAGCUACUAUUCGCCAGAUCAUGCGGAGUGAGAUUGUUGCCAACUUUGAGUCCAAAACUUCUCGCCAGGUUGACACCACUGGAUACGUGCGCCAGAUGUAUCAUCUUGUGCUAAGAGCUCCUGAUAUUUUCGUGGAGGUGACAAAUGAGAAACUGCGGUUGCUACGCUUUGACCCUCACUCUCGUCCGCAAGUUCUUGGACUCAAGGCCGACAAAGAACGUCAAGAUCGCCUGCGUCAAGGAAAGAAACCCGAGGAGAUCAAGUCCGAGUCAUCUGAGACAGGUGAGGCCUUUACUACCGAUGACGCGGAGAAGGACAAGGGUAAGGGCCCAGCUAAGAGUGCAGAGUUGAAGGCCCCAGUUGUGGAGAACCCAGACGGUGUCAUUCAUUACCUGCUGUCCGAGCUCCUGUCCUACAAGGAUGUGGACGACAAGGAGUCUGCCCUUGAAUCCUCGGAGCAGCCCGCUGAUCAGCAGUCUGACACUCAAACUGACGUUGAGAUGACUGGAGAUGAACCCACUCCAUCGGUUUCUAGCACCGCUGAAGCACAACCCACUCGGGGCCCGAAGAAGGGAGAGAAGCCCCAAUUCAAGGCCGACGAUCACCCGAUUUACAUUUAUCGCUGCUUGCUCCUUCAGUGUCUGACUGAACUCCUCUCCUCCUACAAUCGGACCAAGGUUGAGUUCAUCAACUUUUCCCGCAAGGCUGAUCCUUUGGCUACUACACCUUCCAAGCCACGGUCUGGCAUUCUCAACUACUUGUUGAACGUGCUUGUUCCCCUUGGUACGAUGGAACAUGAUGAGACCUUGGCAUUCAAGAAGCGCAGUAUCACAUCUACAUGGACCAUGCAAGUGCUCGUUGCUCUUUGCACCAAGACUGGCGAAUUUGGUGGUGUUGGCAGACGUCGCACUGAGCCAAAGUAUGAGGAAGAUGAGCCGGAGCUUGCCUUUGUCCGCCGUUUUGUGCUGGAGCAUGCUCUCCGGUCCUACAAGGACGCAAUGGCUUCAAACGAGCCUCUGGACGCGAAGUACUCCAAGCUUAUGUCUCUCGCCGACCUCUUUGACAAAAUGCUCAGUGGCUACUCUUUCACGAACGAUGCAGGCUUCCCAACCUCAACCAGACAGCUUGCAAAGACCAUGUUCGAGAAACACUUCAUCCCCGCGCUUACUGCUUCAGUUGCCGAUGUCGACUUGAACUUCCCUUCGUCAAAGCGCGUCAUCAAAUACAUUCUUCGCCCAUUGAACAAGCUUACUCAAACCGCCGUUCUCUUGAGCGAGAACUCCGAUAUCUCCUCGUCCCUUGGUGAAACCGAGGACGAUGAGAUCUCUUCGGCAACCUCCGUUUCUGACAUGGAAGAUGAACGUGAGGAAACACCCGAUCUUUUCCGCCACUCUACUCUCGGUAUGCUGGAACCUCGCCAUGAGGAAGAGACCAGCAGCGAGGAGUCGGAGGAAGAGGAUGAGGACAUGUACGAGGACGAGUAUGAUGAGGAGAUGGACUACGAUGAAGAAAUGCCUGAAGACGAUGGCGAAGUCGUCAGCGACGAAGAUGACGAUGGUGUUGGUCCAAUUGAAGGUCUCUCUGGCGAUGCAGUUGAAGUCAUUCUCGACGAAGAAGAUGAUGACGAUGAGGACGACGACGACGAUGAAGACCACGACCACUCGGACAUGGAUGAUGACAUGUACGCGGGUGAAAUCCCCGGUGACCGGGACAAUGAAAGCCUUGAAGACGGAGAAGAGGAUGAAUGGGAGAGCGAGGAAAUGACCGAAGAUGAAGAAGAGGUCGAAAUGAUGAACCAGUACGAAGACGAGAUGGCCGAUAUGAGACAAAAUCGCGGCCACGGCGACGAACACCGCAUUGGCGACCUCUUCCGUGCCCUUAAUGAGGCUGCUGGAGGCGUUGAUGAUCUCCAUGGAGACGGCCUCGGUGGUGACAUCCACGAAGAAAUCCUCGAUGAUCUCGACGAAGAUGUUGAGGAUGAAGACGACAUGGAUGAACUUGAAGAGGAUAUCGAUGGCUUUGACGGCGAGGAAGGAUCCUACGGUGAUAUGGAAGACGAUGAUCUUCUUGAGCCGUGGGGAUGGGAAGGCGAUGAGCCUCCAAUGCCUCGCGCAGGACAUCACCACCACCGCUUCCGUGGUGGCGCGCCCCCAGCCUGGGCUGCUGUUACCGAAAUCAUGCCCGGCCGCGGCUCGGGUCUUGUCCCUAUUCAGCCUUAUCAGCGUGUCCACAGAACCCAGAUUCCCUCCCGCGGAGACAAUGACGGAACUAACCCCUUACUUGUUCGGACUGAUCGCCCAGAGACCGCCGUUCCAUCUCGUGGAGCCAAUACUGACCCCUUCGCUGAUUGGGGUCAGUCCAUGGACCCAGCUGGUGGCCGAGUUGUUGCAAUGGACAGCCCCAUCAGCUUCAUGAACGCCAUCAUGCAGGCCAUUGGCGGACAGGCCGCUCCAGGUUUCGGUGUGGUUACUCGUCCAGACGGUAUCCAUGUCCAUGUCGACAGACGCGCAGUUCUACCCGGCCGCAUCCAGGAUAUGCUUGGAAUCCCACGCGGAUCGGGCCCUCCGGCUCGCACUCGUGGCGAUGAUCCUCACACUGCUGUCAAGUUUGGUCUGGGUACCACCCGAACCCGCUGGCAAGAGGAGGCUCGCAUUCUCUUCAGCAGCCAGUAUGUUGAGAGAUGCCAGCGUAUCGUCAACUCCAUCAUGAAGGCUCUCGUUCCUACUUCAAUGGCAGAGGAAAAGAUUCGCACGAAGCAGGUGGAAGAGGAGCGCAGGCGCAUUCUGGACGAACGCGCCGAGCAAGAACGCCAAGAUCGCGAGGCCAAGCGAAAGUUGCAGGAAGAAAAUGCUCGGCUCGAAGCUGAAAGGCAACAACAGGAGGCUGAGCGUCAAGCCGAACGCCAAGCCGCUGCGGUCGAUGAGCCCAUGGAGGAUGUUCAACCCACCGAACCUCCUGCUGAAGCCACCUCAUCUGCUCAGCCUGAGGCUCAGCCCGAAGCUCAACCCGAAGCUCAACCCGAAGCCCAGCCGGCCGAGCCUGCCCCUCGGGUCCACACAAACAUUAGAGGCCGUCAGCUCGAUAUCACUGGUCUCGAGAUUGACCCUGAAUAUCUGGAGGCUCUGCCCGAGGAACUCCGCGAGGAGGUUAUCAUGCAGCAACUUGCCGAACAGCGAUCCCAAGCUGCCGCUGCUGGCGAGGAGCCUACUGAGAUCAAUCAAGAAUUCCUGGAAGCAUUGCCUGCGGAGAUUCGUGAGGAACUUUUGCAACAAGAAGCGGCCGAUCGACGCCGGCGCGAACGUGAUGCUGCCCGUCGACAGGCCCAGAGUGCCGCUGGCGCUGGUGCAGCUGCUCCUCCUGCUCACGCCGAGGAUAUGGAUGCUGCCAGUUUCCUCGCUACCCUCGAUCCUUCGUUGCGACAGGCCGUCCUUGCCGAUCAACCAGAGGAUGUUCUCGCAACUCUGGGUCCUGAGUACUUGACCGAGGCCCGCGCUAUGGGCGGUGGUAGCCGACGCAUGGCUCAGUUCGGUGACAUGAGCGCCGUCGACCGACAGAGAAAUGAAUCUUCUGGAGACCAGGAGCCAAAGAAACAGCAGAGACGUCAAAUUGUUCAAAUGCUUGACAAGGCUGGUGUUGCAACCCUUCUUCGACUGAUGUUUAUGCCUCUCCAUGGUAACGCUCGCCAUCAAUUAAACGACAUUCUUCACAACGUGUGUGAGAACCGCCAAAACCGCAGUGAGGUGAUCAGCCUUCUCCUGUCGGUUUUGCAGGAUGGCAGCGUUGAUUCUACCGCCAUUGAGCGCAGCUUCUCUCACCUAUCACUACGUGCAAAGGCACCAGGAGCACAAAAGACGCCCCAGGCUGUCAAGCGAAACAUGGCUAUUCAGACUUCUUCCAGUGUUAGCAGCGACGUGACCCCAAUCAUGGUCAUCCAACAAUGCCUAGGGACACUCUCGUUCCUGUCGCAGUUCAACCCUCACAUUGCUUGGUUCUUCUUGACCGAGCAUGACUCUGCCUCAUCCGCUAAGCUGAAAGCAAUCCGCAAGGGCAAGGGCAAGGAAAAUCGAGCUAACAAGUUCGCCCUGAAUGCUCUGCUUUCUCUCUUGGACCGGAAGUUGAUCAUGGAAAGCCCCAACUGCAUGGAGCAACUGUCAAGUCUCCUUAGCAGCAUCACUCAGCCGCUGACUGUUCUCCUUCGCCGCGAGAAGGAGCGUCAGGAAGAGAAGGGCAAGAAACCCGAGGACGCGCCAGUCGAAGGAUCUAUCGAAGAGCCUGCCCAAGCCGGCGAUUCUGGCAUGGAUACGUCUAUGACCGAUGCUCCUCUGCCCACCGUCGAGACCACUGAGAUCACUGGCCAAGAAGCCACGGAGGGCGGAGAGGACGAAGAUAAGAAGCCCGAGGAGUCGAAGGAGCCCGCCGAGGAUGAGAAGCGCAAGAAGCGUUCCAUUGAGCCUCCUGUCGUUCCUGACCACAAUUUCCGUCUUGUUGUUCACAUUCUUGCUGCUCGUGAAUGCAAUGGCAAGACGUUCCGCGAUACUCUUUCCACCAUCAACAACCUUAGCGCUGUUCCCGGAGCUCGUGAUGUGAUCGGCAGUGAACUGGUCGCUCAAGCACAGGCCCUCAGUGAUACCAUUCUGGGUGACCUCGAAGACCUCCUUCCUCAUAUCCAUCAGGCUAAGACUGGCACCGAUAUGCAAGGUCUGGCUCUGGCCAAGUUCUCGCCCGCUAGUUCAGACCAGGCGAAGCUUUUGCGUAUCCUGACGGCUCUCGACUACCUGUUUGAUCCUACCCGAGUAGACAAGUCCAAGGGCAGUGAGCCCGAGUCUGCUCCUAAGGAGGAUGUGCUCAAGAGACUUUAUGAGAGCGCAACCUUCGGACCUCUGUGGACCAAGCUCAGCGAGUGCUUGACUGUCAUCCGCCAAAAGGAGAACAUGCUGAACGUGGCUACUAUUCUCCUGCCUCUUAUCGAGGCACUGAUGGUUGUCUGCAAGAACACUACUUUGAAGGACCAGCCCCUGUCUCGCGGUAGUCGCGAACUGUCUGUGAACAGCGCCCCGGCUGACAAUGGUCUCAGCAUGGAGAACCUCUUCUUCAAGUUCACAGAGGAGCAUCGCAAGAUCCUCAAUGAGCUUGUCCGCCAGAAUCCUCGUCUGAUGAGCGGCACAUUCUCCCUGUUGGUCAAGAACCCCAAGGUCCUGGAGUUCGAUAACAAGCGCAACUACUUCACCCGCCGUGUCCACUCCCGUGGCGCCGAGCCUCGCCACCCUCAUCCCCCUCUCCAGCUUUCCGUGCGAAGAGACCAAGUCUUCCUUGACUCGUUCAAGUCCUUGUACUUUAAGAGCGCGGAUGAGUUGAAGUAUGGCAAAUUGAAUGUACGAUUCCACGGCGAGGAAGGUGUCGAUGCUGGUGGUGUGACCAGGGAAUGGUUCCAGGUUCUUGCCCGUGGCAUGUUCAACCCUAACUACGCCUUGUUCAUUCCUGUUGCGUCCGACCGAACCACUUUCCACCCCAACCGUCUCAGUGGUGUCAACUCAGAGCAUCUUAUGUUCUUCAAGUUCAUUGGACGCAUUAUUGGUAAGGCUUUGUACGAAGGCCGUGUUCUUGACUGUCACUUUAGCCGGGCGGUCUAUAAGAAUAUUCUCUCCCGUUCUGUGUCUAUCAAGGACAUGGAGACGCUCGACUUGGACUACUAUAAGUCUCUCCUCUGGAUGCUGGAGAAUGACAUUACCGAUAUCAUCACCGAGACCUUCGCCAUUGAAACCGAUGACUUUGGCGAAAAGCAAGUUAUCGAUCUGAUUCCAGGUGGCCGCGAUAUCCCUGUUACCCAGGAGAACAAGGAGCAGUACGUCCAGCGCGUGGUAGAAUACCGCCUGGUGGAGUCUGUCCGAGAGCAAUUGGACAACUUCCUGAAGGGCUUCCACGAGAUUAUUCCCCGAGACCUGAUCUCCAUCUUCAAUGAACAGGAGCUGGAACUUCUGAUUUCCGGUCUUCCUGAGAUCGACGUUGACGAGUGGAAGAACAACACCGAGUACCACAACUACUCCGCCUCGUCCUCGCAGAUCCAGUGGUUCUGGCGUGCCGUUCGCUCGUUCGACAAAGAAGAGCGUGCCAAACUUCUGCAAUUCGUCACUGGAACCAGUAAGGUUCCUCUCAAUGGUUUCAAGGAGCUUGAGGGUAUGAACGGCGUGAGCAAGUUCAACAUCCACCGCGACUAUGGCAACAAGGAUCGCCUUCCCAGCUCGCACACAUGCUUCAACCAGCUUGAUCUUCCUGAAUAUGAAAGUUAUGAGGAUCUCCGCCAACGUCUCUACACGGCCAUGACUGCCGGAAGCGAGUACUUCGGAUUUGCAUAG